UUCCUAGACUUUUCCCUUUGCAACUUGCAACACAACCCCACUUUUUUAAAUAUCCCACACCCUCUCUCCCCUCUCUCUCCCCCCUAACCGAAUAUGCAUCCCUCCUCCGCCUCCUCCUCCUCCUCCAUGAGCAGCGGCGCCGCCACCAACGGCGGCGGCAGCCUCAUGCGCUACGGCUCCGCCCCCGGCUCCCUCCUCACCGCCGCGGCCGACUCCGUGGUCGGGCCCCCGACCCGCGAAUUCUCCGCCCUCGGUCCCGGCCCGGCCCGAUUCUUCCACCCCGACGCCUCCGAUUCCGCCGCAAUGCAGCGGCGCGGCGAGGAGGAGCACGGGGCGGCCAACACGACCAUUGGCUUGCAGCCGUCGUAUGGAUUCGGAGGCGGCUCUUCGACGGCGCUGCUGAGGCAGAGCAGCUCGCCGGCGGGAUUUCUCAAUCACUUGGCGACGGCGGCCGGAGAUAGAAACGCAGGGUUUUCAGUCACGAGAGGCAUCGGCAGCUACAACUCAAAGGGGGUAGCGGAGACCGGCGGCGGCAUUUCCAGAUUGAAUUCACAGCUGAGCUUCACCGGGAAAGAAUCGCUCUCUCGCAUCUCGGAAUUAGAAGCUGCUGAGGCCGCCGCCAUGGACAACCACCACCAGAAGAAGUCGUACGCCACCACCAGCAGCGGCGGCGGCGCCUUUGGAAUGUGGGAAGCAAGUAGUAACAAUCCUAUAAUGUUUUCAGUCGCGCAGCCGAAUCGAGGCAAGCACGUCGCCGACAGUCUUGACGAAUCUCAGUUUAGCAUUUCGCAAACAGCACAAGACAUGGAGAAGUUGAUCAACAUACCACAGGAUUCCGUUACGUGCAAGAUUCGAGCUAAGCGUGGCUUUGCUACGCAUCCUCGUAGCAUUGCAGAACGGGAGAGAAGGACACGAAUCAGCGGCAAGUUGAGGAAAUUACAAGAUCUUGUUCCAAACAUGGAUAAGCAAACCAGCUACGCCGACAUGCUGGAUCUAGCAGUGCAACACAUCAAAACCCUUCAAGAUCAGGUUGAGAAAUUGAACCAUGAUCUUGAUAACUGCUCAUGCGGGUGCAAGAAGACGCGGGACAACUAGCUAGCACGACGAAUGAAGACGAAGAAACGUAGUCCACCUGAGAAGAAAAGAGUGAUUGAGUAGAAAAAGAUGUGUAAAUACAGAAGCAACUCAUCAUCUAAAGCUAUAGCUAUGAGGAAAUCUCUAUGUGAUCUUUGCUUCUGAGUUUUGGAGAAUUUGUGUAAAUUUGUUAAUCUAGUUUUCACUUAAGAAUUCUAACUCUUGUUCAUUAACAAACUUUUUCAUCAUUUAAAUUUUCGAUCUUGUUGGUAUGAGAUUCUUUGAGGAUA